AUGGAGGUUCUUGUUUGUUCGACAAAAAAAACAGAAGCUUUCGCUUGCUCGUGCAAUCUGCAAUGGAGUGGGGGAAAAUGUGAACUAGGUAAAUUUUUAGUUUUUUUUUGUCCCUUAUAAUAAAUAUAGAAUAAUGAAAGAGGUGUAUUCUGUGCUAGCACCUGGUAUCCCGAAUUCCAUGCAGGGAAACUCUAGGCCUCUGCUAACAGGGAAAGAUGUGUACUGUUUGAAGCAAAAUCACAUUCACGUAUUUGUCUGUAUCUAGCAAAUGUACUUUUCAGUGGUACAAAGAAAGUUAAACUGUUGACAGAUUGCCAAUUUAAUGAACCUUCUACUCCGUGAAACUGGUAUGUAGCAUUAAGAGUUUACUUUUAAUAUUUUCUUAGCCUCAAAUGUGGAUCGUCCUGGAAUCAGGUUCUUUAGUAGGAAGAAAAAAAGCGAAUAAUGGUGUAAACAGCCUGCUAUUCGCCCCUUUUUCUCCUCUAGGAAGCCUGAUCUAAGCUAAGUCUGGAACUUCCAUGUUUUUCUUGUGAUUUUACGCUUUAUUUCUCAUGAAGUAUAGGCUCCUGAAGGGUAUAUAUGUCCAAUGCAUGGCUGUGGCCAUUUUUAAUUUUGGGUUCGCCAUCUUGUGUUCCGGCCAUUAGGCUCUAAAGCAAAAGCUUUCAGCCGACCUUGCAUUUUUUGGCGAUUUUCUCCAUUUGAUGGAUCUGUUUUUGUAGACAUUGAUGAAUGCGCAAAAAAUACCCACUAUUGCGGUGCCAAUGCUUACUGCAAUAAUACCAAGGGAGGAUACAACUGCACUUGUCAUCCGGGAUAUUACGGAGAUGGAAAGAAUUGUGAACCAGGUGAGAUGGCAGACUUUGUAUCAACUUGGAAGAUUUUUGAAAUGCUAUAUAAGAAGACAAUACCGUUUAAUCUGUGCGAAAAGUAGACAAGUUUAUUUGGCCAUUAUUCUAUGAUGUUCAAACGUAUUUUUAUAUAAUAGUAUGAACCCACAUCUAACUGAAGACAGUAGGUCUUCUUUUCAAACAGAAAAUGGUUGGGAAGGAAUUUUUAAUAUUAAAGGUAUCUUUCUAAAAGUAUCAUGCUGAAAGUAAAAAUAAAAAGUUCACAAACCAUACGAGAAUAAAUUUUGAGACUUUCAGACCUCAGGUACUCACUGGACAUGUUAUAACGGACAUACUUGUGGGCAAAAUUCCAGACAUCUCAACUGCCUUUUGUAACGAGGGCUUUAUUGGAGCAUCUUGCCAAAUAGUUAACAAAACAAGCGUUAACUAAAACUGAAAAAAAGUGCCCUUGUUUUAGCUUGAAUAUAGGACAAUAACACUAGCAGGACUACUACUGAAUUUGAUCAUUUUUUCAGCGAUCAAGUCAUAUCAAGACUGUCAUCAAGAGAACCCAGACGAGAAGGUUACUUCUAUUUUUCAUAAAGGCCUUUUUUUUUUUCAUUCGAGUUGGUUUUAAACGACACCAACGCUUUAGUACCAGACAAGGUUGUGAAACUGUUUUUUUUUUUUUUUAUGAAAAUAGUGAAAACCUGCAUGUUUUGACACCCUUAGGGAAUGCUCUAGUGUCCUCCUAAUACAGGUUUCACUGCAGCUGUUAACCAAAACGUGUCUUCUUUGUCUAGGAAAACACAGAUGAAUACAAUUAUCUUUGACUCAAAGCCAAUAUCCGUUCUCUGUCACAUAGGAGAUUUUGGAUGUGGGGAUGGAGGAUGGACACCGGUCAUAAAGAUGGACGGCAACAAGGUACGAAGUAGCCCGUGUCAGGCUCUUAGAUGGUAGGGACAUCAGAGCCUCUGUAUGGGUGUUUCCAACGACAUCGAACGCGAAUAUCGCCAUUGGUUGGGCUGAGCUUGCUAGUAGCGCUACCACACAAAAAAAUGCUCAAUAUGCGACGAUUUCGUACUCGCCUGAAAAACGACGAUUUGAUGGAAAAUGCGGGACAAAAUCGACGGCUGCAGGCACCCAUGCAGAGGCUCACAUCACCAAAAUAGAACAGGCCAAGCGUUCUUAUUCUGCGUUCAGUUCAGUUCAGUUUAGUUCAUUUUUAUUUAGCCAAAAUAUAAUACAAUACAGGAAUAUACAUAGAGAUUGUAAGUUGACAAGGAACACAGAAGAAACCAGAACGCUUAUGAAGCCUGGGCUCCCCAGUCACAAAGAAAAAUGUAUAACGAAAUUCGCUGAGUGAUAGGUUAAAAAUAGGAAGUAGACAGAAACCGAGUUAAGUUAUGAAUUUAGUAACAAGAUAUAGAAAAACGUUCUUAACUCUGGAUUGGUAGGAAUAUAAGGAGGGGGCAUCGCGAAUGUAAUGUUGUACACAUCAGUAAGUACUUGUUUCUCUCACAGCAAACUUUUGAAUACAAUUCUUCUUUCUGGAGCAACAAAGAAACCUUUAACCUUGACGGAGGGAAGUCUGGGUUUGACUCACAGGAGACCAAACUUCCCUCCUACUGGAACACAUCCUUCUCCAAGAUCUGCCUCGGUAUGAAGAUCGGUCAGCAGCCGGUCAAGUUUUUUUGUCAUCAACAAGAAGGCGAACUCCUUGUACUCUUUGAUCGCUGA